AUGAGGGUGGCUCUCUGGGCCUUGGGACUCGGCGUCUUCCUCCUCAGGGCCAAGGCCGCCCCCACUGGCGGACCCGACGACCUGCGGUUGGCCUACCGGCCCAGUCCAUGCGACGGGGUGGUGCUGGUCCAGCACGAAGGGGCAUGGGGACACGUGUGCAACUGGGAGUGGGUGCUGAAGGAGGCGUCCAUGGUCUGCAGGCAGCUGGGCUGCGGCCGGGCCGUGGGCGCCCCCAAGUACGUCCCGCUGCCCGGAGAGGCGGUGCAGCCCUGGCUCCACAACGUGUCCUGCCGGGGAGACGAAGCCUCCCUCUGGGGGUGCAGCCUGGGGGCCUGGACGAAGAGCAAGUGCCCCUGCGAGUGGGUGGCGGUGGCUCUGUGUUCCGGUGGCACUUCCCGGGAGGCAGGGCUGGUGAGGGGCCGGGGCCCCUGCGCAGGGCUCCCUGAGACCAGGAAUGUGAACGGGGUGGACCGCCUCUGUGGCCUGCACCGGGAGGAGGCCACGGUGUUCUGCCGGGAGCUGGGGUGCGGCCCCGCCCUGCAGGCCCCCCGCCAAGAUGGCAGCGUCGCCAGGAAGUACAUGGCCUGCGGGGGCGGCGAGCUGCCCGUCCGGAACUGCAGACUGCACAGCAAGUUCCGCAGCGGCUGCGACUCCCAGCGAGAUGCCCGGGGGCUGCUCGGGGGGCUGGGCCCUCCGCCCUGGCGGCACAUGGAGGCCCGGCUGGUGGGUGGCGAGCACUCCUGUGCUGGGCGCCUGGAGGUGAGGCGUGGCCUGACCUGGGGCACCGUCUGUGACGCUGACCUGGACCUGGCCACUGCCCACGUGGUGUGCCAGGAGCUGCGGUGUGGUGUGGCCGUGGCCACACCCCAGGGCGCCCACUUUUGCCAGGGCUCGGGGCUCGUGUGGACCAAGGCCUUCCGCUGUGCGGGCAACGAGUCCCUGCUGUUCCACUGCCCUCGCGGGCUGGGGCACCGGUGUGGGCACGACCAGGAUGCGGGGCUCAGGUGCUCAGAGUUCCGGCUGGUCAACGGCAGCAGCGCCUGUGAGGGGCGCGUGGAGCUCCAGGUCCAGGGGGCCUGGGCGCCCCUCUGCGCCGCCCACUGGGACUUGGCAGACGCCACGGUCCUCUGCCACCAGCCCGACUGUGGGAACGCGGUGGCCGCACCCCCGGGGGCUCACUUUGGCGGCGGGGCCUCCGCGCUCUGGCCGGACGAGGUGCACUGCGUGGGGGUGGGGACGGAGCCGUACCUGGCGAACUGCGCCCAGAGCCUGGGGGCGCCCGCCUGUGGCCCCGGCGAUGCGGCCGCCGCCGUCUGCUCAGGUGGUGUCCCGCCCCCCGCCCCGGGUCUCCCCGCCGCCCUGCGGCCGAGGGACGGACAGAGCGGCUGCGACGGCCGCGUGGAGGUGUCCCUGGACGGCGUGUGGGGCCGCGUCCUGGACGAGGCCCGGGACCUGCGCGGCGCGGCCGUCGUGUGCAGGCAGCUGGGCUGGCAGCGAGCCUACGAGGCGGCGGCGCCCGCGCGCCGGGCGGUGCCGCUGGGGCUGAGCCGCGUGCGCUGUGCGGGCACCGAGCCCCGCCUGACGCGGUGCCGCGUGUCGGCGGCCCCGCUGGUGUCCGCGGGGGCGUCGCGGGACGCGGGCGUCGUGUGCUCGGGUGAGUGCGGGCCCAGCCCCCAGGACCCGCUCCCGGGGCCCAGCGCCCCGCGCUGACGUGGCCUCUCCCUCCGCAGGGAGCCUCCAGGUGCGCCCGCCCGGGGCCGGGCCGCUGCGGGGCGCGUGGAGCUGCUCCACGCGGGUGAGUGGGGCACCGUGUGUGACGACGGCUGGGACCUGCGGGACGCCCAGGUGGUCUGCCGGCAGCUGGGCUGCGGGCACGCGCUCGGCGCCCCGGGGGGCGGGCGCAUCUGGAUGGACGAGCUGGCCUGCGAGGGCCACGAGGCCGCGCUGUGGCGGUGCCCGUCGGGGGGCUGGGGCCGACACGACUGCGGCCGCAAGGAGGACGCCGGUGUCCUCUGCUCAGAGUCAGUGGCCCUGAGGCUGCGAGGUGGCACCGGGCCCUGUGCUGGGUGGUUGGACGUGUUCCACAACGGAACGUGGGGGGCCGUGUGCAGUAACGCCCUGAAGGACGCCUCCUUGUCCAUCAUCUGCCGGCAGCUGGUGUGGGGAGGAGGGCUGGCUGGAGAGCAGGCCGGUGCACACUAGCCUGGGCACCUCCUGGGCGGACAACAUCCAGUGCCGCCGGCUGCGGAACUCCACGCUGUGGCAGUGCCCCUCAGCCCCCUGGCACCCGCACUCUUGCACCCGUGGAGAGGAGGACCAUCAGGGACAAUGACGCAGGAUUCCGGGGAGGCCCUCAGUUGCUCCUCGAUGGGCAGCUGCCCAGAGGAGGGCGAGCUGGGCGUGCGCGGGGGUGAGGGCCGCUUCGGCCGCGUGGAGCUCUGGCGCGCUGGCUCCUGGGGCACCGUGUGUGACGACUCCUGGGACCUGGCGGACGCCGAGGUCGUGUGCUGGCAGCUGGGGUGCGGCCGGGCUGUGGACGCCCUGGCGGGGGCCGCCUUCGGACCAGGCUCAGGGCCUGUGUGGCUGGAUGAGGUGGGGUGCCGGGGCAGCGAGGCCUCGCUGUGGUGCUGCUCGGCGGAGCCAUGGGGCCACGGAGACUGCAGGCACAAGGAGAACGCAGGCGUGCGCUGUGCGGGCAGUCCUCUGGUCCUGGCGCCUGCCCUCGAGGCUGGGACUCUGCCCAUGACCUUCGGCCUGGCCCUCGGCACCCUGCUGGUCGUCAUCUCACUGGUCCUAGGGGCGCAGUGGUUCCGGGGCAGAGGCGCCUGCAGGGGCUCUGGAAUGUCGGGGAGUCUGCCCUCUGAAGGCCUUUCUGAGGACAUUGGAGCUGCUGCUGCGGGGGAGGAGGACGAGGCUGCUGGAGCGUCCGCGGCGCCGGAGGAGGAGGAUGACGACGCGGCGGAGCCCGAGCCCGAGGAGGGCGCCGCCCUGAGCGCCGCGGGUGUGCAGCUCUGCGUCGUGGCGUCCGUGGCGCUGUUCCUGCGCUACUGCUGCUGCGCCCAGGGCGCCGCCCCCGCCAGCCCCUACAUCUGA